AUGAAGACCGCCGCUCUCUCGUUGCUCCUGUUGGCACUGGUCGGUCUGGUCGCCGCCUGGUCCAAAGAGGACUAUGAGAUCUUCCGCCUCCGCGAUGAGCUGGCGACAACUGAAGGCACCAAUGUGACCUUUUACGAUUUUCUCGAGGUUCGCCCCAAUGCCAACCAAGAACAAAUCGUCAAGGCCCACCGCAAAAAGUCCAAGAACCUCCACCCAGACAAGGUCCGCCGCUCCUUCAUCGCCAAUUACUCCAAGGACAAGACCAAGGCCAAGUCCUCCAAGGGGGUGAACGUCAACAAGGGUCCCUCCAAGCGCGAAGUCGACGCCGCCAUCAAGGACGCCAAUGCCCGCUCCGCACGCCUGAACCUCGUCGCCAACGUCCUCAAGGGCCCCAGCCGCGAGCGCUAUGAUCACUUCUUGAAGAAUGGCUUCCCCCUCUGGAAGGGUACCGGUUACUACUACGAUCGAUUCCGUCCCGGUCUGGGUUCCGUGCUGUUGGGCUUGUUCCUGGUGUUUGGCGGCGCGGCCCACUAUGGUGCCCUGUACCUGGGCUGGAAGCGUCAGCGCGAGUUUGUCGAUCGGUAUAUUCGCCAGGCACGUCGUGCCGCUUGGGGCGAUGAGCUGGGUGUGCGUGGUAUUCCCGGCGUGGACUCGGUCAGUGCUCCUGCUCCUGCUCCUACCCCCGAGGCCCCCGAGGCUGGCGCGGUGGCUAUGAACCGUCGCCAGAAGCGUAUGAUGGACAAGGAGAACCGCAAGGAGAAGAAGAGUGGUCGGGCGAAUGGACGUGGUGUAGGCUCGGCCUCGGCUUCGGGUACCUCCACUCCUGUCGAGCAACCCACCGUGUCCACUGGGGAGCGGAAGCGUGUGGUUGCGGAGAAUGGCAAGGUGCUGAUCGUUGACUCGAUUGGCAAUGUCUUCCUCGAGGAGGAGUCCGAGGAGGGCGAGAAGCAGGAGUUCUUGUUGGAUAUCAACGAGAUCCAGCGUCCGUCAUUCCGUGAUACCGUCGUCUGCAAGCUGCCCGUGUGGGCCUACCGCAAGACCGUGGGUCGCGUGCUUGGCUCAUCGGACGCUGUGGAGGAGGAAGAGGACGUGCAGGCUGCGGAACUCGUUGACGAGGUUAUGGAGGCCACUGCUACUAGCAAGUCUUCUGCCCGUCGUCGUGGCAAGCGUAACCAGCGGUCAUAG